AUGAAUCAAUAUAAUGAUUUGAUCAUCAAAUGCCCAAAUCCAGAACAUGCCAAUAAUGUUAAAUUAGUAUGCUUUGAUGAAUCUUGUAAAGCAGAUAGAUUAUAUUGCAUGUAAUGCAGUAGGAAUGGCAUCCAUUUUUCUCAUCCUCAACAUCAAUAUCAAUUAUCAAAUUUGUUUGAUCAUAUUGAAAAAAUUGAAAAAGAAUGUGAUGACUUAAUUAAUAAGUUAAAUAAGUAAAUGGAUUUAGUUUAUCAAUCAUUCUAUCAAUUAAUUGGAGGAAUCAAAACUAAAUAUCAAAUAUCUAAAGAGUAAAUCUUCAACUUGAACUCCAAACAAAUAAAUUCGAUAUUGGCUGAAACCAUCCAAUUCAAAUCAUUUAGAUCUACAAUUGAAACACUAAUUCAAAAAUCUUCAAGUGAACUUCAAGAUUAAAUAUAAAAACUAUAUUAAGACUUAAAUUUAAAUUAAUUGAAUUAUUAUCAAGUGUCUGAUUCAGAUAUCAAGAAAUCGGAAGAACUAUAUUAAAAAGGUAAUAAAAAUUAUAAUUUAGGAUAUAAAUUAUAUUGGUAUGAUCAUAAAUAUGAAGAAGCAAUAGCAAUUCUUGAUUAAGCAUUACGAUUAAAUUCUAAGCAUUAAUUAGCAUUAUGGUGUAAAGGUAGGAUUAUAAUUUAAUUUGCUAGCUGAGAGUCUAAAGAUGCUUGACUAGUAUAAUGAAGCUAUUAUUUGGGCAGAUAAAGCUUUGCAAGUUGAUCCAAAACAUUUCAAUUCAUUGUAUACUAAAGGUAACAUUAUUUUGAUAUAAAUUGAUAGCUGAAAGUCUAAGAAUGCUUGACCAAUAUAACGAAACCAUUAUCUGGGUAGAUAAAGCUUUGCAGAUUGAUUCAAAACAUUGUAAUUCUUUAUUUACUAAAGGUAUAUUUCCAUUUUAGUUUAUUAGCUUCUAGUUUAAGAGGACUUGGCUAAUAUAAUGAGGCAAUUAUUUGGGCAGACAAAGCUCUAUAAAUUGAUUCAAAGCAUUGCAAUUCAUUAUCAACUAAAAGUACUGAUUUUUCAAAAGUUUUAAGGUAUAUCACUAAGAAUGUUAAAAAAUUAUGAAGAAGCCAUGACUGUAAUUGAUUAAUCUCUUUAAGUAAAUCCCAAUCAUUUAGAUUCCUUAUGGUCAAAAGGUUUAGAAUAUUUUGAAAAAUAUAUUUAGGUAAGUUACUACAGGAUUAGAAUUAAUAUUAAGAAGCUUUGAUGUGUUAUGAUAAGGCAUUAAAGAUAAAAGAAAAUCAUUAGUGGACCAAAGAUAGGAAGAGUAAUAUGAUAUUAUUAACAUUAAGAUGAAUGCCUUGAAGCCUUGAAAAAGAAAUGA